GUCGGGGCAGAGGUAUGUGAAGAAUAAAGACUUUUUAACAAUGUUUAGUACCGAAGAUGAAUCAAAUUUAUUUACUAAUAUUUCAAUUCAAAGUUAUACUGGUCUUUUGGACCAAGAAUCCAAGUAUUGUCUUUGACCAGCGUGCUUCAAACGUCUGGGGACGUGAAAGAUUGUUAUCUGGAAGUUUAACAUCAGAAGAAGAAAUAUUAAUUGACCCAUUCGAAAUAUCAAAAUUCACAUCUAGUAGCCAUAGCGAUUGGGAAACCAUUAAUGACCAAGAUUGGGUAACACCUUCUGUGACUUCAACUUCCGCAUUAAGUUCUAGGCUUAUUAAAGACUGCCACUUCCCAAUGUCGACCCCAGACAGACCAAGAAAACCUUCGAUUUCUGAUAUUAUUGAUGUUUUAAAUUUAAAAGAAAAGGAGAGCAACAAGAAUGAAGAAUAUGAUUCUGGUUAUCCAGAAUCGUCUUCCAGUGCAAGUAGCCUUAUAAAUGGUACAAAUUCAUCAUCUUCAGAUGAACAAUCUCCAUUGCAGUUAGAUGGUAUAUCCCAUAUACAUAACAAUGAGCAAUAUUUUUUUUCAAAUUCAACCAACCAAGAUAUUUUAAAAAGUCAUUUUGAUGAUGACAUUCAUAGUGCAGUUAAGUUAGAAGAAAUGUUAAAAUGCCACAAACCAGAAAGCAAUGCUUUUAUGGAUAAACAAAAGAAUCAUACUGUGAAAAGUGAGGUUGUAUCAAACCUUUUAAAUUCUGCAGAUGACGCUGUCAUUAUGAUCAUGGAUAAAAACAAACAUAUUCGUUACUUAAGCACUUCUCGACAAAAACUUGAAAAUUACUUGGCUACAGAAUCAAGAAGUGAUUCAUCGAGUAAUAAAACUGGUACUGGUGUACCGAAACAUAUAAGUAAAUUUAAUGAGAAAAAACAACGUGGAAGAAAACGCAUUUAUGCACCAGACAAAGAUGAGGACAUUCGAGACGAUAUGAAGCGAGAGAGAAAUAACGAAGCAUGUAGAAAAUUUCGAAAAUUUCGCAAACACAAACAAAAGGAACUAUUUCAAGAGGAGUCUCUACUGCUUCAAACGAACCUGAAUCUCAAAGAACAAAUUGCAGCUUUGAACAGACAAGUGGAGUAUAUGAAAAACAAACUUGGUAUAGUAAAUACUGAAUCCUGCCUUGCGGGCAGUCCUCUACAAAAAAGCAGUCCUUAAAAAUGUAAAUAUUCUAUAUAAUGUUCUUACUGUUUCAAGUGAUGGUGUGUGUGGAAGUCAUUUUUUCAUAUAUAUUGUAUUGUGUUGUAUGUCGAAGUAUAUCAAAUAUAAAAUGUAUUUUAAA